CUCUUCUCUCUCUCUUUCUCUCUCUUGCUCUGUUAAACUUUCACGUGUUUUGUAAACUAAACUCUCACGGACAAGAAAAAGUGAAACUAUGUGCCAUAUAGCCUCCCACCUGCCCUGCAAAUGCAACUGCAACUGCAACGAGGAGACAGAGAAUCAGCCGGACACGAUGAUCACGAACCCGUUGAUCCAAAAGGAUGAGCCAAGAAGAAUGCGAACCCAGGUCAUGAAAGAAGUAAUCUCCAUAUCCAAAAUAGCUCUCCCCAUGAUCCUCACGGGUCUAUUACUAUACUGCCGCUCAAUGAUCUCCAUGCUCUUCCUGGGGCACCUCGGGGAACUCGCCCUCGCCGGCGGCUCCCUCGCCGUGGGGUUCGCCAACAUCACUGGCUACUCCAUCCUCUCGGGCCUCGCCGUCGGAAUGGAGCCCAUUUGCGGCCAAGCCUUCGGCGCCAAAAGAUUCAGCCUUCUCGGCCUCUGCCUACAGAGAACCGUUGUUUUGCUUCUCUUCACUUCCAUCCCAAUCUCCCUCCUUUGGCUCUACAUGAAGCACAUCCUUCUCUUGUGUGGCCAGAACCAGGCCAUAGCCACGCAAGCCCAAAAAUAUCUUCUUUUCUCCAUCCCCGACCUCAUAACACAAUCCUUCCUACACCCCUUACGAAUCUACCUUCGAACACAAUCCAUUACUCUGCCUCUCACCCUCUGCGCCGUUUUCUCCAUUCUCCUCCACCUCCCCAUCAACUACCUCCUCGUUUCCCACCUCAAUUGGGGAAUCAAAGGGGUCGCUCUCGCUGGAGUCUGGACUAAUCUCAACCUUGUUGCUUCCUUAAUUCUCUACAUAGUCCUCUCUGGCACUCAUAAGAAAACAUGGGGAGGUUUUUCCUUCGAGUGUUUUACUCAGUGGAACUCGCUUCUCAAUUUGGCUAUUCCGAGUUGCAUUUCCGUGUGCCUGGAAUGGUGGUGGUAUGAGAUCAUGAUUCUGUUGUGUGGCUUGUUGGUGAAUCCUAGAGCCACCGUGGCUUCCAUGGGGAUUUUGAUCCAAACCACUUCUUUGCUCUACAUUUUCCCUUCUUCAAUAAGCUUCAGCGUCUCAACUAGAGUUGGGAACAAACUCGGCGCGCAGAAGCCCUCAAAGGCCAAACUUUCUGCUAUAGUUGGCCUCUCUUGCAGCUUCGUGUUGGGUGUUUUGGCUUUGGUUUUCACCAUUGUGGUUAGGAAUGUUUGGGCCAGCAUGUUUACAAAUGACCAAGAGAUAGUGAAUUUGACAUCAUUGGUGUUGCCGAUUAUAGGACUUUGCGAACUCGGAAACUGUCCUCAAACAACGGGGUGCGGGGUGUUAAGAGGCACAGCGAGACCCAAAGUGGGUGCCAACAUUAAUUUAGGUUGUUUCUACCUCGUGGGAAUGCCUGUUGCGGUUUGGCUUGGCUUCUACGCAGGGUUUGAUUUUCAAGGCUUGUGGCUUGGGUUACUUGCUGCUCAGGGCUCUUGUGCUGUGACCAUGUUGGUGGUUCUGAGUCAAACGGAUUGGGAUGGUGAGGCUCUGAGGGCUAAGACACUAACAAGUGUUGUUGUUGUUGUUGAUAACAGCAAGGAGAUUGGUCCAGAGAAGCCGCACAAAGCUGAAAUCAAGGAAGAUUCUUUAUCAUUAGCGGAUUCGGAUCAAGAUAAAUAAUCGUGGGUUUAACUUUUAGUAAUCUUGGUGUUUUGACAAAAACGAAAACCAAAAGGCAAAAAAAAUGAAGACAAAUAGUGUGGGAGAGAGAUUGAUAGAAAGAGAAAUCUAUCAGGAAUUUGUCUUUAGCUGUAUAGGGAAGGAGAGGGUAGUGACACAGGAUGACUUUUUUGUUUUUAUAUAAUUUAGGUCACAUGGCUGGAUCGAGGAUUUUAUUUUAACUACAAUAAUGUUAAAAUUUUUCACGUAAUUAUCGUCGUUACCGUUUUUGUUCUCUUCUAUCGUCAAUUCAAAUCACGAUCGUCUGCUUCAGUUAAAUUAA